AGCGUAUCAUGAUGAGCCUCUUCACCAGUAAAGAAGAACCAUUCACAGUGACCACGGAUACAAUUAUUUCACUUCAUUUCAGAGACGAUAUCCAACUUCACUGGUCUCUAGCCGUUGACUGCAUUUUGAGAUUCAACGAUAUCUUGGACGCAAAGCGACUGCGUCACUCAUUAGAUCGAUUACUGGAACUCGGGGGGGUGGAGGAAAUUUGGGGCUAGGUUGCGAUUGAAAAGUGUACG